AUGAUUGCCUCUGUUAACUCAGCAGUGCCUUUGCCUGCAGGUGGCUUCCAGAGGCACCAGCUGGAGGAGUCAGAAGAGCUGCUUGAUUCAGAAGGUGCUUUGUUUGAAGGAGCCAAUGCUGAUGAACAGGACCUGUCAAUUAUUGAACCUGAUGAACCUGCUGAAUCAGUUGACAUCUUUCAGGAGGUCUUAGAUGGCAAUGAUGGGGAAAGUAAUACAGAGGUUCUUCAACUAGAAGACUUUGUGAUUCAAAUGGAAUCCUCUGUGCCUCCAAUGCAGGUUGACACCACCUUUGUUCAUGCCAUUGAACAGUAUCUUUCCUCUCAAGAAGACUCCCCUUCCCUCCAUGAAACACGGGUUAUCAUUGAUAUCCAUGGCCGAAAGCAGCUCAUAGAUGCCGAAGAUCUCUCUCGCCUACAAGGGCCUACACGGUGGUUGAACAAUUUCUGUAUCAACGGGGUUGCAACAGCAAUCAUGAAAUCCCUUCUCUCCGAGGAGGAUAUCGCCCAGUGCAUUGCUUGA